AUGGAUAGAACAUCAGAAUUACCAACACAAAUUCUCCACAAUAUACUCUCUCGUCUCCCCACAAAAACUGCGGCUCGAACCAGUGUGUUGUCAAAGCCAUGGCUAAAAGCAUGCUCUACGAACUCCCAUCUCAGUUUUGAUGAAUCUGAUUUUAAAAGACGGCAUGGUAAGUUUGUAGACUUUCAUGGUCAGUUCUUGAGGAUUGUGGACAAUACUUUGGAAAAGUAUCAUCAUGAAAAAAUACCUGUUUCAAAUUUUAAGCUUUGUAUCUUAUUUUCUGAUCAAACUGAUUGUGACGGUAUAGUGGAUAAAUGGUUUGAUAUCAUAGCAAAGAAAAGGGUUUCACAGCCUAAUUUCAUGUUGCGGCCCUCAUAUCAUGAAUUCAUGAUGAUAUCAUAUCAAUACUGUAACGGGUUCAGUUGCAUUCGUAUUUCAAAUCUUCCUAACCUUUUGUCUCUUCAUAUCUUAUGCUGCCCAAUUGAGGAAGUUCACAUUGUUGAUGCACCAAAAUUGCUUUCUUUCGAAUAUGUGAACCAAGAUAAGCUACAGCCUUCUUCAUAUGGUGUUGAUGUAUUUUUGCGUUCUUUGAAUAUUGGUACUUGCCAAAAUCUCAGAAGAGUAGAAUUUGUGAAGGCCACAAUUGAUGAUACCGAUCUAUUCCAGCUCAUACAAAAACUACCCUUCAUCAAGGAAUUGAGCUUACGCUAUUGUAAGUAUUUGAAAAUAUUAAAAAUCUCAAGUUCAAUUUGUAGCAUAGGAAACUGUGAAUGCUUAGUGCAAGCCAUUUUUGAUGUGCCCAAGUUACUCUCCUUGGUCUUUUCCAAUCAGUUUAGAUUACCUUCUCUCUCUUUUGAACGUGCUUCAAGCCAAUGCAGGAUUUCCAUAGAUUAUCGCUACAUGUGGAAUGCUCAGCAGUUCAUUGACUUAAGGAGAUUUCUAGUUGAGUUGAAUGGUCAGCCUGUGGACUUGACAUUGUCUAAUACACUUUGGAGUUUGAGAGCAAGUGGAAUACGUGAUCAUCAUCCCACACCUCAAGUUGAGAAUUUAAUAUCUAUUUCUGGGUAUUCAACUGCAUCAUAUUCAACUUACUUUGAUGCCAUCUUCUGGACUUGUUGGCCCAAGUGUUUAACAGUACAGUGUGACCAAAGAUUUAGAAAGUUUCUACGUCAACAAUUGCUGAAGAAGUACUAUUGGAGACUUAGCAAAUACACUUGGAAAGAGUAUCUCAUAAAUGCUCACAUAGAAUACAAGAGAAAGAUAGAAGAUAAUUGGAUGACUCUUGAUACAAAAGUGUUAGCAGCUAACUCUCGGAUUAUUGAAGAGAUCCAUACAAUUCGCUUCAAGCAAGCUUAA